UGAGAAUUUUCUAGAGGAAGGGAGUGGGGAAGUGCAUUGACUGUCAAUGUCAACGUCAAGGCAGUAAAUCUUUUUCGUCGGAUCUGUCAAUCCGUAAACAUGGCUCCCCGCUUCGAGAUUGCGGUUGGUUUACGAAAAGGCCACAAAACCACAAAGAUAUCUGCAGGCAGAAAGGGUAUUACAGACAAAGCCAUCAAAAUCAGACCAGCUAGGCUAAAGGGUCUGCAAACCAAACAUUCAAAGUUUGUCCGUGACCUGGUUCGCGAGGUUGUCGGCCAUGCCCAGUAUGAGAAGAGAGCAAUGGAGUUACUGAAGGUGUCAAAAGACAAGCGUGCACUGAAAUUCCUGAAGCGUCGUUUGGGCACACACAUCCGUGCUAAGAGGAAGCGUGAGGAACUCAGCAAUGUUCUCACACAGAUGAGGAAGGCCGCUGCACAGGCCCACCAUGCGCACCAUUAAGUGAAAAUAAAUAAGUUUAAAAACUAA